AUGUAUUUUCUUCACUUUGCACUAUCAUCCUUUGCAGCAAUAGCAAGUCUUUUGGAUAGAUCAACACCGCUACGAGACUGUGUCCAGCUUCUCUACGAGAUGAGUUGUGCGUGGUUUGACUCCUGCAGCUUCGACUGGAUCGAGAUUGAAUUGGCUUGGAACAACCUAUUCGUAACAAUGGGCAGAGGUGUUGAAUUAAAUGAAGAUGAGGUAACGAUGGUAACACAUCUGGAACAGGGUUACUGUCAACUAUUGCUUAGGAUUAUGGAUCACAUCUAUAGUAUGGGAAGCGUACCACAAAAUCACGAAAAAUAUUUUAUCCUCUACAAUGAUCCAUCCGAUCCAGAGUUGUUAAUCACGAGAUCCCAUCCAAAUGUGCAGUCCUUGCUAUGGAAUGACAAUUUGCUUCUGACGGUUUUGCGCGGCGCCCAAGCUCGUUUUCGUCUUAGCCCUGAGUUAGAUGUAGCGCCAAUCUUCUCUUCAACGUUCUAUGACUGCUUGAACGCACUUGGUUGGAGCGAAGGAAUGUGGGUUUGA